AUCCUGACGGGGGACCGUGACUCUUCACAACACCGGGAAGUGAGUGGCGGUGACGCAGGGUGGAGGAAGGCGGGGCUCGGCGCACUCGCUGGGAACUGACUAGAGGAACGGAAAAUGGCGGACCUCGAAGACGUUACGCUGGACGGGAGACCGCUCCAGUCCCUCCGUGUAGCGGACCUCAAAGCGGCUCUGGAGGAGAGGGGGCUGUCGAAAAGCGGACAGAAGAAUGCUCUCAUUAAAAGGCUUAAAGGGGCUCUCAUGCUGGAGAAUUUGCAGAAGACCUCCACUCCACAUGUCGGACUGCAGCCUAACUCCCAGAUUGGCGAGGAAAUGAGCCAGAACAGUUUUAUCAAGCAGUAUCUGGCUAAGCAACAAGAGCUCCUGAGGCAGCGUCUGGAGAGAGAGGCUCGUGAAGCGUAUGAAACGAACGAGCAAGAGGGCCACACACAGGUUAACAACAGUACACCGUGCCCUCCUCCUGCCCAGGAAGUCACACCAGCUGCUCAACUUAAGCCCCCUGGGCCCUCGGAUGGAGAGGGAUUCUUUGGUUCGGUCAAUGCAGGACAGGGGAACAGGAAUCAGGAGGCAGAUGUGUCCAGCCCCCCUGCUUCCGGCUCUAUGACCAUGCGAGCUCCUGCCUCAGAGCAGCGGUCAGAGCGAGGUUCUGCCUCCAGCGAAGUUGCAGGCGACAGCGACGACGACGACAGCGAGGAGGACGGCGACGAUGAUGAAGACUGGGGCAGCAGCGCCCCAAGAAGAAGCCUCCGAGAGCCGGCUAGAGUGCCCGCGGCGCGGUCCGGUGCAGCACGUCACCCGCAGCCCCAGCAGCAGCACAUUCCUCCCCUUUUGUCUCCUCAGCUCCGGCAGCCAACACCACCUCCUUCCCCACCUCCAGAGUUAUCGUUCCCCUUACCUGACACCCCCAAACAGAGCCCACCGAGUCCCCCUGUUGCCGCGGCCAGACACUCGCCCAGCUCCUCCAGCUCCGGCUCUUCCAGCAGCGGCAGUCGCAGUAGCAGCCCAGAGCCGCAGAGAAGUGCCGACCGUAAACCCGGUCCACUUACCCUUCUGGCACGUAAAAUGGAGUCCGAGGGUGCCUUCUCUGGAGGAGGCUGGCAUGGCCCUGAUGGCGAAGGUGAUAGGCAAGACAGCGGUUCACCUUCACCUAUGGCUUUUCCUGGCAAAGGGCCUCUAGAUGGUUUGGGGUCCGCCGGAGUGAUUCCAGGCACACAUUCAGCCCACAUCCAACUAUCUGGGGGUUUACGCAAGGUCGCUGUAGCGGAGGAAAGAGAGAGGGAGCGAGCGAUUGAGAUGGAAAGACAAGAAAAGCAAAGACAACUUGAGCUGGCAGCGGAGGAAGAACGGCAAAGAGCCAUCGCACUGGAACGGGAGAGAGAGAGGAUUGAGCGCCAGCAAGCUUUAGAAAGAGAGGAGAGAGAAAAACGAGAGCGAGAGAGGGAAGAAGCUUUGGCUAGAGAGAGGGAGGAACGAGAGAGGGCAUUGGAGCUAGAGCGGCAAAAAGAGCAUGAAAGACAGAGAGCCUUGGAGGAAGAACGUCUGCUGAAAGAGAGGAAGGAAAAGGAGAAACGGGAGCGAGAGGAGAUGGAGAGGGCAGUGGAACGAGAAAGAGCCAAGGAGAGAGAACGGCUAGAGAGAGAGAGAGCUCUGGAGGCUGAGCGAAGGGAGAAGGAAAGACUUGAGAGAGAGAGGGCUCUGGAGGCUGAGCGAAGGGAGAAGGAAAGAUUGGAGAGGGAAAGGGUAGAAAGAGAAAAAGCUUUGGAGAAGGAGAGAUUGGAAAAAGAAAGAAUUGAGAGAGAGAGAGCUCUGGAGAAGGACAGAUUGGAAAAAGAAAGGCUAGAGAGAGAGAAAGCUCUGGAGCAGGAGCGAUUAGAAAAAGAGAGGAUAGAAAGAGAGAAAGCUCUAGAGCUAGAACUAUUGGAAAAAGAGAGGAUAGAAAGAGAGAAAGCUCUAGAGCAGGAGAGAUUGGAAAAAGAAAAGAUAGAGAGAGAAAAGGCUCUAGAGCAGGAACGAUUAGAAAGAGAGAAAGCUCUAGAGCAAGAACGAUUGGAAAAGGAAAGAAUAGAAAGGGAGAAGGCUCUGGAGAAGGAAAGAUUAGAAAAGGAAAGGAUAGAGCGAGAAAAAGCUCUGGCACAGGAACGAUUGGAAAAGGAAAGAAUAGAGCGUGAGAAAGCUGCUGAGUUGGAGAGGAUUGAGAGAGAACAGGCCUUAGAGCAAGAAAGAAUAGAAAAAGAAAAAUCUCUAGAGAAAGAAAAGAAGGAAAAAGAACGAGAACAAGCAUUGGAGAGAGAAAGAAGAGAGAGGGAGAAAAAGGAGCAGGCUGAGAGAGAGGCAGCUCUGGAACGGGAGAGGAUGGCGAAAGAGCGAGCUGAGAAAGAAAGGAAAGAGCAGAUUGAGAGAGAAAAGGCCUUAGAGUUGGAGGAACUAGAAAGAGCACAGGCCCUGGAGAAGGAGAAAGAACGAGCUCAGGAACAGGAACGAAUGGAGAAGCAGGAGCAACAGAAGAAGGCACUGCAUCAAGAAAAAGAGAGAGAUGCUAACCUCAGUGCCCCAGAGCGUGAAAAUGCCCAUGCCCCGGUGGCCCAGAGUGAAUCCCAGCCCUCAGACUCUGGUUCCACACUUCUUUCUCCGCAAUCGUCGUCUAAGAAGUUUCGCUUCCUUAGGGACUCCCCAGCUCGACCUCAGUCCGGUUCUAUUGUCAUCAAGCGGCCUCGUACAUUUUCUGACACCCCCCAGCCUCGGGCAUCCACCGUCACUACACCGACUGGCGUUGGGGAUCAAAGACCAGGAGGAACCCUGUCCUCCAUCAACCAGGAAGACGCACAGAUUCAGUCCAAGCAGGAUGUUGGCGCCGUGUCCGAAGGCUCUACAGGGACUAGUUCCGACGGACUGAACGCCAACCGUACUGCAGCCCACCCGGGUUCCAGAGAAGAAACAUCUGCAUCUACGGUGGAGGCUACAUUGCCAAAGACCGAAGAGUCUCUUGAGGGGAAGGAUGAAAGGAAAGACUCUUCAAUUUCUGAGGAUAAAAGUGGCAGAGAGGCAAAGAAAGAAGAGAAAACAGCAAGACGGAGAUCAUCGUCAAAUGACUCCUCUUCCACAGAUUCAGACUCUGGGUCUUCGUCUUCUCGAUCAUCCAGUUCAUCCUCAUCUUCUCAAGAUAAAGCGGUCUCCACCUCCAGGAAUAGACAGGAGGGGAAACAUGAAAGAGGCUCAUCACCACUGCCGAUGGAGGCAGCCGAGUCUCAAUCUGAGGAUUCAAAGGAGCGCCCAAAGGCCUCUCAUCCUGAAAAAGAGCUGCCUGUAGACGGGAUUAACGCAGCAGAUGGAGACAUUCACACUACGAAACAAACGGAUGCAAACAGGAAGAGAAAACACAGCGAGAUGGAAGAAGAAGAAGAAGAAGAUGAGGAACAACAGAGGCAGGAGAAAGAGGCUUCCACGGCGGAUCCAGAAAAGUCCUCAGAGUCCAUUGAGGAGACACCGAAGGCUUUCUCCGGACGCAAGAUCUCCCUCGGCAGCAGCAAACAGUCUCCAGGCAACGCAGAGACCGAACAUGAGUCGGGGGCCAUGACAGGUCGCAAGAGGAGGUGGGGCUCCAGCACAGCCGUCACUGCCAAAAAACCUUCCAUCAGCAUCACCACUGAAUCACUCAAGUCCCUGAUCCCAGACAUCAGGCCCCCUGGAGGCCAGGAGGCUGUAGUGGAUCUACAUCCCGAAGAAGCCGCCCUGUCUGGGGCCGAGGAUGAAGAGCGGGAGCGCCCCGACCAGGACCUUCAGAUCCGACGCACCGUCACGCAGGUGGUGCCCGUCGAGAGCCAAGAGAACGGACAAAAAGAAGCGAAGAGAAUGAGGCGGGAAGACUUUGAGGAAGACGAUUCUCAGGUAGAAGGGGAAACCGUAGCGGCCCACGAGGAGCAGAUGGACACGUCUCUCCCAGCAACCGUGGAAACCCAGUCGCCAACACUAGCAAGCCAAGAUACUGAAACCAACACUGUGACACCCAGCGACACCCUCAUUCGUCGCUCCAUCAGCCAGCAGAAAACGGGCGUUUCCAUCACCAUCGACGACCCGGUUCGCACAGCCAGGCAGCCCUCGCCGCCUCGAGGCCAAGUCUCCAGCAUCGUUCACAUCUGGAACCUGGUAAGGCCGUUCACACUCGGCCAGCUGAAGGAGCUGCUGAGCAGAACCGGCACUCUGGUGGAGGACGGAUUCUGGAUCGAUAAAAUCAAGUCCCACUGUUAUGUCACUUAUUCGAGUACCGAGGAGGCGGUCGCCACCCGGGCAGCUCUUCAUGGAGUGAAAUGGCCUCAGAGCAACCCGAAGGUUCUCAGAGUAGACUUCUGCCAGCAGGAUGAGUUGGACUACCAGAAAAACUCCUCGGGAGCAGGCGACCGACCGGGAGGAGGAGAGGACACGGGACCCGCCGCCCCGGGACGCGGACGGACGUCGGGCCUGCCGUCACUUCUCCCCGAGCGGGACCAGUGGGCGGAGCGCGAGCGGGAGAUGGAGCGCCGAGAGCGGGCGCGGGCGGAGCGAGAGUGGGACCGAGACAAGGUGAAAGAGUUUGGGAAACCCGGAGAGGAGAGGGAGGGCGGCCCGCGAAGGUCUCCGUCCAGAGAGAGACGGCGAAAAGAGAGGGGGAAGAGCAAGGAGAAGAAGAUGGAAAAGAAAGCCGAGGAUCCUCCUGCAAAGCUGCUGGACGACUUGUUCCGCAAAACUAAAGCGGUUCCCUGCAUUUACUGGCUGCCCCUCACAGAGGAGCAGUUUCGUCAGCGAGAAGCGGCUCGAGCGGAAGAGGUGAAGGAGCGCGAGGAACGGCGGAAGGAGCGCGAGAAAAGACGAAAAGAGGAAGUAGAGGAGGAGGAGAAGAAAAAGGAGGAAGAGCGCAAGGAGAGAACGAAAGCCGCGGGUACCUCCGCCGGAAACCGGAGCGAGGGUGAGAAGGACAAGAACCGAGAGCAGGAGAGGGACAGAGACCGAGGUCGAGACAGAGACCGGGACAGGGAGAGGGACAGAGACAGGGAGAGGGAGAACGACAAACGCAGGGACGGGUACCGUAGAUCCGGGGGCGGCGGAGCGGGCUCGAGCCGGCGCUCGCGCAGCCGGAGCGAACCAAGAGACAGGAGGCGCUGACGGGACUGCCAUGGAGACCGCCGCUCCUGCAUUUGCCUUUCACUACAUGUACUUUGUUACAACAAAGACCCAACAGAGGACCAACUGAUGUCAUUUCCCAUCUCUCAAAAGCGUCACUUUUUCUUUCUUCUUCUUUUUUUUAAAAGCACAUCUAAGGCCACAGUCAUGCUUACGGAGACCGUGAUGUUUUGCCGUGUUGUUUUCAAUCCGGUUGAGGUUUCAGAUCAUCUCCUUUAUGCCUUCGCUGAUGUUUUCUUUCAGUUUUUCAUCCUGAUCGCGUAGCAGAACGGCACACUGGACAGUUUCAAACAACUACAAAGUCCACUUUUUCUUCAAAGUCUAGAUGCUGAUUAUACUUUUUUUUUUUUUUUAGCAGCAGUUGACUCCUCUGGGUUUCUUUUUUUUUUUUUUUGCCAGUUCUGCCUGAAGAGAAAAUUUGUUGGUCUGCGCAUUUGCUCGCAGAAAUCAGAAAAUAUCAGAAAAAUCCCUGUUUGGCAUUUUGUACAGACUUAAGAUAUCUGCAAAAUCAAGUCUUUAAAUAAGGCAGCUCUGGAUUAUUUUUGACUUAGUGUAAAAACUACUAAGACAAUGCAGUGUUCCUGUUUCUCUGUUAAGAGAUGAGAUCAUUCUCUGUGGGAGAGAAUCUGUCACGACUAACAUGAGCUCGGAUUAUGUCCUCAUUGAACCUCUUUCCAUCUUUUCCUCCUCCCAUCCAGUUCUCCUGUCAAUGCAGGCCUGAGAGAGGAGAUCGCAUUAUAUGUUUUCCCACCAAUGGUUUUAAUAUUGUUUUUUUGUUCUUUUUUUUUUUUAAUCGUUAUUUUAUCAUUUUAGUACAAAGAUUUCAUUUUGUUUUUAAUUCUUUAAGUACGCCUAUCAGUGGUGAAUGUAUAAAUAAUAAAAAAAAAUUGAAGUUUGAAA